GUUGGCUUUGUCGCUUCUUCCCGCUUUCAAGGCUUCCAUUCACACAAGCAACACUCAGCACACGCUCACCUCAUCGACAUCGGUUUCCAACAUCUGUCCUCGGUAGCAUCGUUCCUCUGCUCAAUCAGCCCGUACUUGCACAACCACGCGCGCCACAUCCAUCUCCUGUAUACCCGACCGUACCUGCCCAGGCACUCUCCAUUCACUCAACUCCUGCUCGGAAGCGCUUUCCGGCACGGGACCAGUACGGCCUCGCUGAUCCUCCACUGAGAAUCACUCGACUCUGACCGACGACGUUUGACGCCGCAAAAUGGCGUCGCCGCCACCAUUCUCGCCGGCGGGCUCCCCGCCCUACCCGUCACAUGCGCAACUGCCUUCGAAGAAGCGUCCCUCAGGCGCCGCCGACCUCUCUGUCCAGCCGCCGAAAAUCAAGCGUAGGAAGCCAUCGCUGAUUUCCGUCACCUCGGUCGGCUCGGCCCACCCUCUCCGACAGACCUCUUUCCCCCCGGACGAAUCGCAGUCACAGGUCUUCUCUCCAACAUAUCAACGGUCACCUAGUGCCGACACGAUGAGCCUGGUCAGCGGAAGCCAAGUCAGUGCCGCUCCGCCCAAGAAGAAGAGAGGCCGCAAGUCCAAGGCAGAGCGCGCAAACGAGGCUGCCGCAGAGGCCGCGUUACGUGGCGAUGGUGCUUCGAGCAUCGUAGACGGCCGCGCAGGGACGGUCAUGAGCACAGCGAGCGGCAACAAGGGCAAUCGCGACGACGCCGACGGAGACAGGGACGGCGAUGGCGAUGGGGCAUUCGAGGUGCCCGAAAACAUGGCAAGUAAGGCUGCCGACCGAUCCAAAGAACAGAUCAAGGAGGAGGAGCGCCUGCGGGCGCUUCUGACACAGAAGAUGGAUGACCCGCAAUUCCAUCGGUAUGAGGUGUGGCACAGGGCGACCCUCAAGAUUGGAGACGUCAAACGGCACAUCAACAGCGUCACUUCGCAGUCGUGUCCGGUUAACGUUCAGCAGAUGAUGCAGGUCGUGUGCAAGAUGUACCUCGGCGACCUUGUCGAAGACGCCCGCAGGGUCCAAGAGGAGUGGAUACAAAACGGUGAAAAGCAGACUGAUCUUCCCCAAGAAGAGGACUCCGCAGAGAAGAUUACAGACGAGCAGAAAUAUCGGCGACAGCCGCCGCUGCGGCCAGACCACCUCCGGGAAGCCUACAGACGUCGAAAAGCACAGGCAGAGUCGGGCGGCGCCAUGGGUAGUCUGAUGGUAUGGAGUCAACAGUCUCAAAAUGGCGUUGAGAGGUUCGCAACUAGAGCUGGGGGGCGUCGUAUAUUCCGCUGAGCAUGAGUCAAGUCGUGGUCGCCAAGCUCGUCCCUGGCUUAGAAAGGGGAACUGUGCUUCGGACCCGCAGCAGAGCAGCUGAGUCGAUGCCAGCAGUGACUGCCACAUAAUGGAAGCAAUUUCUCCAGUCAUUUGGCACUUUUAUCAGUGGACUGCAGCAUAAUUCCACAGCCUCGCGAAGUCGAAGUCCUUAAGUGAUUGGGCACAGGCUGACGCCACCACCUCUCGAAUUUACCUCCGAGCACAAUUGCCGACAACAACAAGUCUCUCUUCACGC